AUGAAUGGUGCUGCAAGAAAACUUGUUGAAAAGUUUAAUGAUGAAUGUUUGCCUACCGGAAAGGUUGCUGCAAUGUUUAGUGGCAUUGAUUUAUCUUUUUCUAAUCGGGAUUGUUGGAAUCAUUUGAGAAAUCUUCGAAGGAAGAAUUUGGAUGUUGGAGAUGCACUAGCUGUUUUCAAUUACUGCAAACAAAAGCAAUCUCAAAAUCCUUAUUUUUUCUAUUCUAUACAAUGUGAUGCUGAUGAUAGAAUGAUAAACUUCUUUUGGGUGGAUGCUAGAUCAAGGUAUGCUUAUCAACAAUUUGGAGAUGUAAUCACUUUUGAUACUACAUAUAGAACUAACAAAUAUAGCAUGCCGUGCGCCCCAUUUACUGGAUUAAACCAUCAUCUUCAAUCAAUUUUAUUUGGUUGUGCCUUAUUGCAAGAUGAAACUGAGAAAUCUUUUAUAUGGUUAUUUGAAACUUGGCUUGAGGCAAUGAAUGAGAAGAAGCCUGUUUCCAUAAUAACUGAUCAAGAUUUAGCUAUUGGAGCUGUUGUGGCCAAGGUAUUUCCUGAAACUCGUCAUCGUCUAUGCUUGUGGUACAUUAGAAAGAAGUUUCCUGAAAAGCUUGCACACAUAUAUCAUAAGAAUUCUACAUUCAAGCGUGAGCUGAAAAGGUGUAUUCGAGAAUCUUCAACUAUCAAAGAAUUUGAAGAUGAAUGGCAAAAUAUAAUGGUUGUGUACAAUUUGCAGAAAAAUGAAUGGCUUCAAAGAUUAUUUGAAAUUAGAUAG